AUGGUUUGUGUGAGUUAAAUUUGCUUCUGUUUGUCUCUCUGUAUGUGAUAUUGUUUGGGAUGCUUUUGCUAUUUGGGACAUUUUGCCAUUUGGGCAUUAUGAGAGAAGCUCAAAAGAGCCAGGUUUGUGACUUUGGAUGAUGGGUGAGGACAAGGGCAGCUUCUGGUGUGUUUUAGGUAGCUUAAAUUAUUUUUCCAAGUAAUAAAAAUCUGUCUUCAAUAUCUACAUAUCUCAUAACUUAUUAGCAAGCAUACUAAAUUUAGAAGGCCUAGGUUUGAAUUCUAAUUUUUCCAUUUGCUAACUGGUUCUGGAGGUAAGUCUAUGACAAAAGAGAUAGGGAAAGAUUACCUUUGGCGUUAGUCUUUGGUUUGGAUUCUUGCUCUAGCAUAAUCAUGUAGUGAAUUUAAGUUACUUUAUUUCUCCCACCUUUCACUAUGAAAAUUUAAUGAACAUUGCAUUUGGCCAAGCAAGUGCUUGAACUAUAUGUUUUUUUGGAGUGAUUGGGAUGAGGGGGCAGUGGCUCAGAAAGGACUUCUAAGAAAUGAAGUUGUAAACUGGGUAGUAAUAGCAUAUACCUUUAAUCCCAGCAUUUGGGAGGCAGAGGCAGGUGGAUCUCUGAGUUCGAGACCAAUCUGGUCUAGACAGCGAGAUCCAGAGCAACCAGGUCUACACAAAGAAACCCUGUCUCAGAAAAAAAAAGAAAGAAAGAAAAAAAAGUUGCUCAGUACUGUGAUAUUUGUAUUUAGUAAUAUGAAAUUAUUGUUUUUUUUUGUGUUUUGCUUUUUGUUUUGUUUUGUUUUUAAUUCUUGCUGUGUAGCCCAAUCUGGUUUCCAGGUAGGGGGAUUAUAGUAUGCACUACUGCAACUGGCACUAGUUUUUUUUUUUAAUAUUCAUUAUAUGUACACUAUUCUGCCUGUGUGUAUUCCUGCAAGCCCAAAGAGAGCACCAAAACAAAAAUGAACAAAAAAACAAAACAAAACCAAAAUUAUAUGUUCUGGGAGGUUGGGAAUAUUUAUUUCUCAAAAGUUUUAGAGUCAUACUAUGUAGCUCAGAAAAUUGUUGAAGGAAUGUAUGAAUUAAAGCUGAAAGUCAAAGUCUGGUAUGGAUGGUAAUAAAGUGAAGGAAAUGUUACAGUUUAAAAAGCUAUAAAGGAAGCCAGUCUGGAGGUGAUUCCUUUAAUCCUAGCACUUGGGAGGUGGAGGGAGGAGGAUCAGUUCAAGGCCAUCAUCCUCCACUGCAUGGUGAUUUGGAUGCCAGCCUGGAGUAUUCGAGACUCUGAGAAAACAAGCACUUGCCUAGCAUGAGCAAAGCCCUCUGCUGGAUCCCCAGUAUUACAUAAAAUAUGACGUGUUCACUGAUGCCCUCUGAACAGUCUUCUGGUACCUCUUUUUUGGUUAAAGACAAUGCCUCAUUUUCUUGGGGUUCCUCAGAUGAAGAUGAACUGGAUGACUCCUUGUUGGAGUUUUCUGAUGGAGAAGAAGAUGAUGGCCAUUUCAGUUUCACAGAGGAAGAGAUUGAGAUGCUCUUGAAGGAUGAUAAUGGUGGGCAUGAUGAGUAUGGAGAGAGAAAGUGUCAAAUUCUACCUGGUACUCCUCACGAAAAUUCUGUGUACAGCUUGGGACCAUCAGCUGAGACCCCUGGCUUCUUCAAACUACCUCAACUAAGUACAUCAGUUGGUCAUGGACCAACUCCUAGUAAAUCAUUAAACAGACACUUUGUACUUGAAAAGAAUCUUAUAAAAGUAACUGUUGUUGCACCGUUUAAUCCAACAGUUUGUGAUCCUGUGCUUGAUAAGGACAAGACCGAUUCCUCCAAAGAUACAGAAAACCCUGCUUCCCUUGGGGAACUGACGAGAGAAGAUCAUCUUCAUCCAAAUGAGAGUAAACAUUGCACUGAACCUGAAGGGGUUAGUCCCAAUAACUCUGCUUGGGAUGGGCCCCUGCUUUCUUCUCCUUCAAAUAACAACAUCGAACAAACUGCCUCUGAUAAAAAUACACCUGAAAGUAAGAAACCUACCCCUGUAUUCUCUCAGAUCUCCAACCAUUCAGAAGUACCUAACAGGGGAUCAUCCUGGAAAAAUAGUGGAUCACAUAAAUCAGGUUGUGAAGUAAGAAUUCCAGUUGUGUCCAGUUCAUCAAACAGACAUACUUUCGACAAGGAUUCUGGUGAGGUGAAAGGUGAAAGAAGACUAGGCAAAGUCAUUCCUGUUCUACAAACUAGAACCAGGAUGUUUUCACAAUCAGAUCUCGAAAAACAGAAGGAUAUUUAUCUCAGCAAGGUCAUUGCUCAUAUAGAAGACCCAGGGGACUCUAACCAAGUAUGUUUUUAUGUGUGUAUCUGUGCAAAGACCAGAGGAACACUGCUGAUACCCUUCUCUAUCAUACUCUGCCUUUCCUUGAUCGUACUUGGGUCUCUCACCAAACUUCAAGACCCCAGGUUAGGUACCUUGGGAGAGCUAGAUGCCCUGAUGGAUCAAGUUCAUAUGCAGAACCCAGACUGGCAGCAUCCUUCAGAUCUUACUACACGAAAUUAUGCCCGGUUCCGACAGAAACCUCUACAAAGGUACAGUCUGAGUCAGUGGGUCGACAGAAACAAGCGGAGCCACCAUCGUUUCCAGCGUCUUCCAGACUUCUCUUACAGUCCAUAUGUUUCAUCUCAUCCGCAGUGACAGUCCCUACCCAGGGUCUGGUCAUAGCAACAUCUUAUUUUCCUCUGCUAUUUUUGUUUGUAUAUUUUGAGUUUUAUUUUUCACAAGAUUUUUAUUUAAAGAAUUUAUCACCUUUUGGAAAUGCC